GAUUGGCUGCAGACGUAUGGCUACCUCCCUCCUACAGACCCCAGAAUGUCCAUCCUGCGGUCAGAACAGACCAUGCAGUCUGCUAUUGCUGCCAUGCAGCGUCUCUACGGCCUUAAAGUCACCGGUGAACUGGAUAAAAACACCAUCGAUGAUAUCACCAUAAGCUGGAUGAAGAAGCCACGGUGUGGAGUCCCAGACCAGUUUGACAGAGCCUCGAAAUUUAGCGUCAGAAAAAGACGUUACGCCCUCACAGGACAGAAAUGGCUACACAGACAUAUCACAUACAGCAUAAAAAACUUCACGCCUAAAGUGGGCGCAGAAGAGACCCACAAUGCCAUCCGGCGGGCGUUUGACGUGUGGCAGAACGUGACGCCCUUGCGUUUCGAGGCAGUGCCGUACAGCGAACUGGAGCGCAGCAAGAAAGAUGUGGAUAUUACUAUUAUUUUCGCCUCAGGUUUUCACGGCGACAGCUCCCCUUUCGACGGAGAAGGGGGCUUUCUUGCACAUGCCUACUUCCCCGGUCCAGGGAUUGGAGGAGACACACACUUCGAUUCAGAUGAGCCCUGGACUCUGGGGAACCCCAACCAUGACGGUACGUAAACCUGGUUAUAUUGGGCCCAUAUAAAGGCAGCUUUAUUGGAGAAUAAAUCUCAGCUCGCUCUCCGCUGAAGCAAAUAACUGCAUUGUCUGGGCAUUGCUUUCCUGGACUGAAAAUGCUGAAAUGGUGCAAUGUUUGUUUUUUUAUCAAUUGCAAUUUAUAUUCCCUUACAUUUAAGAGCAAAUGAUUGCCUAUAGUGCAAACAAAUAAGUGGAUUGCUAGUUUUUUUUUGCAGGUUUGAAUAAAGUAGUUGGAGUUUAGGCAUCUCUCUU